GAAUAAUGUAUGUACCACUCGGACUCGGGGAGCGCCACUGGACCUCAUAAAUUUUCACAACUGAGGUUGAAACACUACGGGAAAGAGCCAAGGCCCUUGCGUGCUUCCUACAGAAAGUUGGCCGCCAAUGUUGACGAUCAAGUGACGGCGAAACGCGUGGAUCGUUCGUGACGGUCACAGGGAGGUUUAGCGUGCGAGAAGGGAUCGUUUCGGACCGGGGUACGGGGCCGGACAAAGGGCCUGGGAAAGUCGGGCAGCGAGAGGAUCGUCUUUCCACAGGCGUUGUGUGCUGGCUGUGUGAGAUCAAGUUUCCUGUGGAAUGAUCAUGGCAGCGUGGCAGAGGACUUUGCUGCCUUUCGGGGCUCUUUUUGCCUUCCUGUGUACGUGUCUGGCUGACCUGAGAGCAUCCACGGAGUGUAAGGACGCCCUCACGUUGUAUUUCAUGAAAACUUCCAACUUGAACUCGGUGACGGAGAGGGCAGUACCAGGGGAUCAGCUGAGAAAUAUAUGUCCUCAGGGGCAGACGUGUUGUACGGAGGAGAUGGAGGAAAAGCUUGCCUUGCAGUCCCGCGUGGACUUUGAAAAGCUAGUCUCAGAAAAGACAGCGUUUCUCAGAAGCACUUUUAUAUCAAGAACAGAAAAAUUUGAUGCAUUUUUCCAAGAAUUGCUGGACAAUGCAGAAGCAAGCUUACACCAAAUGUUCGUGCGCACGUACGGAGUGCUAUACGAGCAGAACUCAGAAGUAUUUACAGACUUGUUCGCCGAGCUCAAGGCGUACUACAGCGGAGCAAACCUGGACCUCCUGGAGGUCUUGGACGACUUCUUCGCCAAGCUCUUGCAAAAGAUGUUCCAGCUUCUCAAUGCCUCGUACACGUUUGACGAGCAGUAUUUGGAGUGCGUGAGUCUGAACAUGGAGGAGCUGAAGCCCUUCGGAGACGUGCCGCGUAAGCUGUCCAUACAGGUGAAGAGGGCGUUUAUCGCGGCCAGGACGUUCGUGCAGGGAUUGCAGGUCGGACGAGACGUGGUCACCAAAGUCUCACAGGUGCUGCCCACGACGGAGUGCGGGCGGGCGCUGAUGAAGAUGAUGUACUGCCCCUACUGCCAGAACAUGCCGGAGGUCAUGGCCUGCAACAACUUCUGUCUCAACGUCAUGAAGGGAUGUCUGGCCAACCAGGCAGACCUGGACCUGGAGUGGAAUAACUACAUUGACGCUAUGCUGAUGGUGGCUGACAGAUUAGAGGGGCCUUUCAACAUUGAGUCCGUUGUGGACCCCAUCGACGUGAAAAUCUCCGACGCUAUCAUGAACCUACAGGAAAACAGCAUCACUGUCUCCUCCAAGGUGUUCAGUGGCUGUGGCGAGCCCAAAUACGGGAAGAUGAAGCGAGAAGCGGGCCAGCCCGUACGAGACGGCCUCCGAGGUGGGUCCUCCUUCACCCAGCUCAGCAGCCGCUUCCGGGCGCCCAACUCGGAUGAUGAGAGGCCGACAACCGCGGCCGGCACCAGCCUGGACCGACUUGUCCGCGACAUCAGGGACAAGAUCGAGCUGUUCCGGGAGAUCUGGUCGCAGCUGCCGUACUCCAUCUGUAACGACGAGAAGAUCGCGGCGCCCGCGGGAAAUGACAAGAACUGCUGGAACGGACAGUUCAAAGGAAGAUACCUGCCGGAAGUGAUGGGCGACGGUCUGGCCAACCAGAUCAACAACCCGGACGUGGAGGUGGACGUGAGCCGGCCGGAUGCGCUGGUCCGCCAGCAGGUCACGCAGCUCAAACUCAUCACCAGUAAACUCAAGAACGCCUACAACGGGCUGGACGUGGACUGGAUAGACAGCUCUGAUUGGACGAGCAGCGGAUCUGGUAGCGGCAGCGGAGACGGCGACACAGACAUCUGGUUCAGCACGACACCGCCGAGCACGGACACGAUCAACAGCAGAGCGUCGCAGUCCCACGCCGCGGCGGUACGGCCCGUCGUCGGCCUCCUUCUCCUCCCCCUGGCGGCCUUGCUGUUGUGUCUGCGGUCCUUAUGAUCGUCCUCCCCAACUGUACAGACUGAAUAAUAAUGAAGAGAUGCAACUGGCAGACCGUCGUCUACAGAAGGAUGUACUAGAAGUGACCCUGAUGUGAUAUAUAUAAGAAUAAUUAAGCCUAGAAGAAUGAGACAAGAUAUGAUGAUUAAAAAGAGUCCAUAGGAUUGUAUACAAAGCAAUGGUGAGAGGUUCCACUUGAAAAAAAAGUGUGACUCUUUCAAGAUGACAAAUUUAGGACAGAAUACGAAUGUUCAAAUGGAUCCCCUCACCAUUGUUAUCCUUCUCAGUACACACUUCCUUCACAAUUUACACAUGCAGGAGAUAAAGAUUUAAAAACUGCAGCUAGGUCAGGAAUGAUCUUGUAUGUUGGAGUCCUGAAUGUGUUCAGAAGUCCUGCAGAAGUGUCCACAUGUGUCUCAGUGUACUGUUGCUGGUGUAUAUCUGUGUCCCUUGCUUUGUGCACGUACGUUGUACACUUCUCCGUAUCCUGCCUUCUUGUCAUCCGUGAUUAGUGUAUAAGGGACCUCCUUUCUCCAUGUACGAUACCUCAACACUAUGCCUUCACUGUAGAAUAUGCACUGCCAUGCCAACUGCAAUGGUGAAGACGUAAUUACACUGCGAGAACGGCCUGAUACGCUGUGAAUUCGCUCGCGCAGCUUUGACGUGGCAAGGGUGUUAAUUAGUAAUCACAAUGGACCAAUAAGGUGCAUGCGCUGAUCAUGUCACAUUUGGUCAUCACGACCUACCUUCAUGCCACUGCUGUAAAAAAAGAAAAACGAAAAGUAUCCGUAACGUGUGCCCUGCAAUUUUGUACAGUGAACUCAUGCAAAACAAGUUGUCGACAUACGGACCAAUCCUAUGUGUAAAGUAGUGAUCCUAUUUGACAAUUGUCAUCCUGGCAGUUGGAAAAGAGGGUUGUCCUAUUUUGUGCUCUGGCUUAUGUUGUUUUUAUUUUUGUUUGGGAACACUGUAAAUUAGCUCAGGGUGGUUUGAAUACUAGUACCAUGUUUUUGUGAGAGUGGCGUAAAUAUAAUUCUGUGCUUGCUACACAGAAAACCAGUCAAAUUUGGCAUCAAAACCAAGGGAAGCAUGUCCCUAUCCAACUCUGUGGCCACCCCAGCCACCCAUAUCUUGUCUAUAGAAAUAAACAUGUAAAUAUAUUUAGUUGUCAACUAUCAUGUGGCACCAAUAAGUUAUCUUGAUACUUAGACAACUUUAGAGGAUUUUCAAAAGAGUCGAGCAUAUCUGUUAACAUAUCUUCACAUAAGUUGUACAAUGUAAACACCUCAUAUACCAGCAGGCAGCCAGUAUUGUAUAGUUUUGGAGGCUAUAGUAACUUUAAUUUCAGUCUAAAUAUUAUUAUUAUUAUUAUUCAGAGUCACCAAUACCAUAAGGAGAAAAGCUGUAAGAUGUGUAGACUUUGGAAAUGAAAAUCCUGCAAUGGAAAACAGACAGGUGAAGAUGAUGGAUAAUGACUUAAUUAUUCUAGCGGACAUGCCGGCCAGAGGGACAAUUUUUACCCCCAAAGCUUUCCGUUUUUAUCCCCACCCAAAGUACAGAGAAAUUAUGAUAAAUCCUUUGCAAUGUUAUGUUUCAUACAUUCAAAUGUAUGCAUAUCUUUUGGUGUGACUGUUUUUCAUAGCUUAUACCUGUGGUCACCUGAAUGAAUUUGAACAAAUUCAACAAUUUAUCCAGGUGAACACAGUUAUAAGAAGAAAGGUUCAAGGAAAGAUAAGAUUGCAAAGAGAUUUUUUUAAAAGAGAAUUUGGGAAAAGGAGUGAUUGGCUGGUCCAGUUGCAGGUUGCGUAACAUUUUACUAAAGCUGAUUUUAUCUACUUCUUGAAGCAGUAAUUUAUUCAGAAGUUUUAAUUAAAAGAAAAAGGUAUCAAUGCGCAUUUUAAACUGAUACAAUAUGGAUCUGUUUCAGGAGUUCUGAAAAAUGAAAAGAAAAUUUCUUAGAACAUCUUGAUGCUAGAAGAAGUAUAAGAUCAUGUUUCCUUACAAAUUUUGAUUCUGGUUCAAGUAGAUAAUCGGUGAAAUGUUCGCAAUAGUUUUGACUCAGUGAAGUACAAAGAAGGUAUUAUGGGAUGGAAACAGAAAUCUUUUUUUUAAGAAACUGGAAGGAAACUGUCCCUUUGUCCUGUAUGUAUGAUUGUGAUUAGUGUAGAAUAGAGACGUGUCCUAGCAAUGUGUGAAAACAAGGAUUGUAAAUAAAAAAAGAAGCGAGCAAGUCUACAAACAGUUAAUUCCCACUUCUGUUAGCGCUACUGUUUGAAUGGUAGUACGAACAGAAUUCACAUGGCCCUAAUAUUGUUUUGUACAAUAUGUGAUGUUUACCCAUAUUGUGCUGCAGUUGAGUUGACUUUUGCACUGGUGACAUUUUCCUAGGUUGGGAAGAUUGCAUGUAGCGAUCUUCUGGCUUGUAUCUGUCGUGUUUGGACCACAACACUGCAUAAUGUUGUUAAAAAGUCAGACUCAAGGGCUUUAUUAUACCCCUGUAUUUGAUGUGUCCUAAGUCUCUAUCCCUCCGACUUUUGUAAAUAUUUCCGAGUUUGUAUGUACGUAGGCACCAUGUACCGAAGUUGUGAAUUCAUCUCAUCAAUAUACUCAGUGCAAGAUUCGUUUUUUGACUCUUCUUGUUUAUUAUUAAAUAACAACACAACAUCUAGCCCAGUGUAUUUUUCAUGUUACAUUUUUUCUACAUAUAUUUUGCAGCUCAGUUUUAGUUCGUCUAGCAAGAUGUGUAUGAUAAUGUCAUUCUACCAUACUAUAAGAAGAAAAAUAAAACCUUUGUAUCCACAUGGUACU